AUGUUGCGCUCAUUUGCCGACGUCUGCUUUAAACCAAUCAGCUAAGCGUACUGGGCGAGCGUGGCGUUACGUCAUUAAUAUUCAAGAGAUGGGCGGGGCUUCGCGGUACCGUUGUGUUGGCAACCGGCGGUUCGUUUCGGUCUGAACGGCCGAGAAAACGGUGUCGGAAACACAAGAUGGAGCGGGGAUGAAAUAACUCUUUACCACACAAGACCAAACUGAGGAAAAACAUCAGAGGAAUACAACAGAGGAGAACUUCAUUCAAGUUGAACUUUGCAUGUCUUUGAUAUCAGAACAUGAGGACAUGAUUCCAUCAAAGGUCUUUACAGCCGGUGAAGGUGCAACUCUGUGGAAACCCAACUCCGACUAUGUAGAAAACGCUCAUGCUCCGUCCAGUCUACCAGACAGGGAGCCGUGACCCGAUGCGGGUUCCCGUUCCCGGUGACUCCAUGUUCUCCUCCAGCUCCGUCUCCGACCCCCGGUUCCGGUUCCGAUGGCGAGCCAUCACCGUAGCGACUCUGCUAGCGGCCGGCGUUCUCCUGUACCGGCACCAGAACUCAUCCGGCUCCUCCGAGACCCGGUCCGAGAGCCAGCGCCCGUGGCGUUCCAGCCGGGACGUGUCCGGUGUGAUGGAGACCCAAUCGCGUUACAACGACACGUAUCCGCUCAGUCCUCCAGAACACACGGCUAGCGGGAUCCGGUACCGGAUCGGAGUGAUCGCGGACCUGGACACGGACUCGCGCAGCCAGAGGGACAACACGUGGUUCAGUCUCCUGAAGCGAGGACAUGUACUGGUGUCCGAGAGCGGGGACAGUGUGUCGGUGGACUGGGACUCGGACUCGCUGGUUCUGGACUCUCAUCUGUCGGAGAAGGGCCGGGGAAUGGAGCUGUCCGAGCUGGUGGCGUUUAACGGGCACCUGUACAGCGUGGAUGACCGGACCGGUGUCGUGUACCGGAUCGAGGGAAACCGAGCCGUGCCGUGGGUCAUCCUGACCGAUGGAGACGGGAGUGUUUCGAAAGGGUUUAAAGCGGAGUGGAUGGCAGUGAAGGACGAGCGGCUGUAUGUCGGGGGUCUCGGGAAGGAGUGGACGACCGUCAGCGGCGAGUUCGUCAAUAACGACCCCGAGUGGGUUAAGGUGGUCGGCUUCAGUGGUGACGUGGAGCACGAGAACUGGGUGCCGAGGUAUAACGCCCUGAAGAAGGCAGCAGAGAUUAAACCACCCGGAUAUCUGAUCCACGAGUCUGGCGUGUGGAGCGAGCGUCUCCAGCGCUGGUUCUUCCUCCCGCGCCGCGCGAGCGCCGAGCGCUACGAGGAGACGGCCGACGAGCGGCGCGGCACGAACCUGAUCCUGAGCUGCGCGCGCGACUUCAGCCAGAUCUCAGCGGCUCGCGUCGGCGCGCUCCAGCCCACGCUCGGCUUCUCCUCCUUCAGGUUCAUCCCAGACACCGACGAUCAGAUCAUACUAGCGCUCAAGUCCCAGGAGGACGCGGGGCGGAUCGCUAGCUACAUCACCGCCUUCACGCUGGACGGGCGAAUCCUGAUGCCCGACACCAAGAUCGGGGAUGUCAAGUAUGAAGGUCUGGAGUUCAUAUAGGCUGCGUUUCACUAUACGCACACAAUCCCUUCUU